GGGCGUGGCCGAGGGGAUGGGCGUGGCCGGCGGCGGCCCCGGCGCGGCGCGGCUCGGUGGGACCGGGAGUACCAUGAACCGCUUCAAGGCGUCCAAAUUGCGGCAUACCGAGGCCCGGGUGCCCCGCAGGGAGCCAUGAUCUGGCCAUGGCGUCAGACUCCUCCAAAACAGAGACAUCUCUUGACAUGGGUUUUCCUUCUACAUCCCAGGCCUGGAUUGGGGGUUUCCGGGCUGGCUCCAUCACAUCCUGCGGGAACCACGUGAAGGCCAGCUGCCGCUGGAUCGCAUUCAAUGCUGAGGCAGCAGGUGUGCUGGGCAUUGUGCCACUGGAGUGUGAGGAUGGAGGCAAGAGGACCAUGUCUCAGCUCUGCUGCCACUCAGAUGUGGUGACAGACUUUGACUUCUCGCCCUUUGAUCAGCUCCUGCUGGCUACGGGCUCUGCUGAUGAGAUGGUGAAGGUGUGGCGCCUGCCUGAGAGCGGCCAGGACAUGCCCAGUGGCGCGGGGCUGACCCUGAGGUCCGGGGGGUGCCCGGUGGAUGUGCUGCAGUUCCACCCCACAGCGGAUGGCGUCCUGGCCAGCGGUGCAGGGAAGCGAGUCACCAUCUGGGACGUGGGGCAGCAGCAACCGCUGACAGCCCUGGACUCCCAUGGGGACCAGCUGCAAAGCCUGACCUGGAAGCGAGAUGGUCGCCUCCUCAGCACCUCCUGCAAGGACAAGAAACUGCGGAUCUUUGACCCCCGAGCCAGCCCAGCUGCCUCCCAGAGCGUCCCAGGACACGAGAACAACAAGGACUCACGGCUGCUCUGGAUGGGCUCCAGCGAUUAUCUCAUCUCCAUCGGGUUCAGCCAGAUGCGGGAGCGAGAGGUGAAGCUGUGGGACACGCGACGGUUCACUGUGGCGAUGCUCACCAUGGUGCUGGACACCUCGCCUGGGGCGGCCAUCCCACUGUACGACGCCGACACGGGGCUGCUGGUGUUGGCAGGGAAGGGAGAAAACCUCCUGUACUGCUUCGAGGCGGUACCGACGCAGCCAGCGCUCACCCAGGUGACCCAGUGCCGGACAGAGGGCAGCACGCGGGGCCUGGCCGCCGUGCCACGCCUGGCCCUGGACGUCAUGGCCUGUGAGGUGCUCCGUGUCCUGCAGCUCACGGACACCGCCCUCAUCCCCAUCAGCUACGUGGUGCCACGCAAGUCCGUCCAGGACUUCCACGAGGAUCUGUUCCCUGACUGCGCUGGGAUGCUGCCGGCCACUGGCGCUCAGGCCUGGUGGGCAGGGGAUAGCCAGCAGGUGAGGAGGGUGAGCCUGAACCCCGCGCGGAGAUCCACGGAGACCUUCAGCUCCCCCGUCAUCACCUGCACCCAGCUACAGGCAGCUGACACCAGCCCCGCUGACGCCGACCGGAGCGAGGGCAGUGGCUACUCCUCGCCAUCCUCGCUGGCCUCGCCAGGCAGCGCCACCACCUCCCUCUCAGCCAGCACCGGUCCCUCCAGCGGCUUUGCCAGCAGCCCCAGCCAGAAGUCGCUGCAGAGCAUUUUGGGACCUAGCUCCCGCUUCCGGCACACACAAGGCAGGGUGCUGCACCGCGACACCCACCUCACCAACCUGCGGGGGCUCAGCCUCACAACACCGGGCGAGUGCGACGGCUUCUGCGCCAACCAUCAGCGCGUCGCACUGCCCCUGCUCUCCGCUGGCGGCCAGAUUGCCGUCCUCGAGCUCUCCAAGCCAGGCCGCCUCCCCGACACAGCCAUACCCACCAUCCAGAAUGGCGCAGCAGUGGCUGACCUCUCCUGGGACCCCUUUGAUCCACGGCGCCUCGCUGUUGCGGGUGAAGACGCCAAGAUCCGGCUGUGGCGGAUUCCUGAGGGAGGGCUGACAGAGACGCUGCAGGAGCCCGAAGCUGUCCUCCGAGGUCACAUGGAGAAGAUCUACUCCAUCCGCUUCCACCCCAUGGCAUCUGAUCUCCUGGUCUCCUCCUCUUACGACAUGACAGUGCGGAUCUGGGAGCUGAGCACCGGGCAGGAAGCCUUGUGCCUGCAGGGACACACUGAUCAGAUCUUCAGCCUGGCUUGGAGCCCCGAUGGGAAGAAGCUGGCAACGGUGAGCAAAGACAGCCGGUUACGGCUCUACGAGCCCCGGUGCAGCCCUCAGCCUCAACAGGAGGGUCCAGGUCCCAAGGGGGGCCGUGGAGCACGCCUGGUUUGGGUUUGCGGUGGCAACUACCUCCUGGUGUCCGGCUUUGAUAGCCGCAGUGAGAGGAGGAUCCUCCUGUACCAGGCGCAGGCUCUGCCCAAGGGACCCUUGUCUGUCCUCGGCCUUGACGUGGCCCCUUCCACCCUCCUGCCCUUCUACGAUGAGGAUACCAGCGUUGUCUUCCUCACCAGCAAGGGUGACACCAGAGUCUUCCUCUACGAGGUGAUACCUGAGCCCCCCUAUUUCCUUGAGUGCAACAAUUUCACCUCCAAUGAACCCCACAAGGGCUUCGUCUUCCUGCCCAAAACUGCGUGCGAGGUGCGUGAGGUAGAGUUUGCUCGGGCGCUGCGCCUGGGGCAGAGCACACUUGAGCCUGUGGCUUUCCAUGUGCCACGCAUCAAGAAGGAGUAUUUCCAGGACGAUAUCUACCCGCUGACCCGUGUGUGGUGGGAGCCUGCCCUGAGCGGCAGCGCCUGGCUGGCAGGGGAGGAUGGGCAGCAGCGCCGGGCCAGUCUGCAGCCGGCUGACAUGACGCCAGUGAGUGAGGCCCCAAAGGAGGCCCCAGUGCGGAAGUUCAUCCCUGCGUCCGUGUACCUGGAGGAGAAGUCUGACGAGCAGAAGAAGGAGGAGCUCCUCAGUGCCAUGGUGGCCCGGCUGGGCAACCGGGAUGACCCGCUGCCACAGGACUCCUUCGAGGGGGUGGACGAAGACGAGUGGGCCUCCCGCAGGACUAGGCCGGCACCCCAGGGACCACGGUGGGGACUCCCCGCGCCCGCCCGGGCCCGGCAGGGAGGACAAGGAGGAUGAAGAUGAGGGUGAGGAUGAGGCGCGCCGGAGCCCGGCUUGCCUGAGGGGAGGCGUGGCAGGGCUGAAGGCCGCACACUGCCCCGGACCGGGCAGCAGCACGAAACCCCGUGCCCACCGCGGGCAGGCCCCGCUAUUAAAGCCGCUGCAGCAGCA